AUGAAGGAUGUUAUUACUGAUGUUAUAGAUGUACCUAUAGUUAUUCCUAUAGGAGGGGUAGUACAGUGUACCAAAACUUUUAAGGAUGUGCCACUAGAAAUCGAGGGAAAGAUGUUUUUGUCUGACCUCAUCGAGUUUGGGUUAAGUGACUUCGAUGUCAUUUUGGGAAUGGAUUGGUUGAGCAAGUAUAGUGCAGAGAUUCGUUGUCUAUCGCAGAAAGUACAGAUAAGUACAGCUGAGGGUGAUGUGAGGAAUUUAGAUCAUGAAGAGGCAGCUAAGCUUGAGGACAUAGAAGUGGUGAACGAGUUUCUAGAUGUGUUCCCAGAAGAGAUUCCAGGAAUGCCACCUAAGAGAGCAAUUGAUUUCACAAUAGAGUUGGCUCCAGGGACAUCACCAAUUUCUAAGGCACCAUAUCGAAUGGCACCUGCAGAAAUGAGUGAAGUAAAGAAGCAACUACAGGAUGUGCUAGAAAAAAGGGUACAUUAG